GACCAUCUCAUCUGUGAGCUGUGAUUAAUCUGCCAUAAUAUAUCUCAAUAUAUAUACAAUACAGUUUGGGCAUAUUGAGAGAAUUAAAGAAUUGCCUAAGUCAAGAGUAUGGAUAUCGUCAGGAAACGGAUAACAUACAUAUAUUUUUCAUACGGAUUUCAGAGGGAUUAAAAAAUGAAAUCUUUGGAUAUAGCAAUGACAUGGAUGGACCAAUGGAUUCAAAGAUAAAAUAUAGAAAUUAUUCCCCACACACCAUAAAGCAGAAAAGAAGUCAUCAUUACUAUUAUCAAAAGGGAGUUUCGUUCUAUGGUAUUCUUUUGUUUAUUGUCCUUCUGUUGUCUGGUCUUACAGCUGUUUCAAUAUAUACUGUAAUUGGACUGAAAACAGAAUUUGCUAAUCUGCAGGCAGAGUUGAGGUCAUACAGAAAUCGUGUUAUUAAAACCCAAGAAGAUAGUCUGGACUUUCAUGCUACCAUGCAGGAAACUCAACAGAAAUAUAAAUCAUCAGCAACCCACAAAAGAGAAACUGAGAAAUUAUCUAUAAAACAAAGAUCACAACGAUCUACUUCUGAAGGCUCGACAGGAGCAUUUCAAUCCUUCCUGCAACUCAUCGCUGAUAGAAAAAGUAUAAUUGAGGAUGAAGAUGAUUUAAGUAUCAUACCAUGGCUUCUUAGUUUUAAACAAGGCACAUCCUUGGAAAAGAAGAAAAAUGUAAUAUUAAUCAAGGAAGCUGGUUUCUUUUUCAUAUAUGGGCAGGUUUGGUAUAUUGAUAAAUUGUUUGCCAUGGGUCAUCUAAUCCAAAGGAAAAAGGCUAACAGAGUUGGGAAUGAUCCCAAUUUGAUUACAUUGUUUAGGUGUAUCCAAAAUAUGCCAGAGUCCUUGCCAAAUAAUUCAUGUUUUACUGCUGGAAUCGCAAAAUUGGAAGAAGGUGAUGAACUCCAACUCAUUAUACCACGGAGGAAAGCAAAUAUCUCAUUAAGUGGAGAUGGGACCUUUUUUGGAGCAAUCCGGCUUUUGUGAUAUUCAAGUAUCUCACAUAAAUCUCAUUGUUUGUCUUUUUCAUUUCCCCAAAUUAUUGUGUAGCAAAAUGCAUUUGAUAUAUUUCUGGUCAAGUGAAGUACAAUUAAAAUAGGAAUAAGCUAGCAUAGUAAUAAUUAUUGAAAAUGUAUUUUGAGAAAUCUGGUAACAAUAUAAAUAAUUUAAGCCUAAUUAUGAUAUACAUUGUUAGAUAAUAUGUGUUGUGGUUAUGUUGUUUCUUUGUCAGAUUAAUUUUUUAAUCAGGCAGUAAAACACUCUGUUGUUUUGCUAUUUAACUGUGGCAGUAUGCUUUUUAUUCCCCUUAUUCGAUAGCCUUAAAGCAAGCAUGUUAAACUCAAAGGCUAACACG